UCCACUCUCUUUUUCAACUGACAACGAUCUCUAUCUAAGAUUUUUGGGGUUUUCUAAAAAAUUCAAGAAAUCUCUGCGAGUUUCACUCCGUUGUUAACAAUCUGAUAAAAGAUAGUUCUGAUUCACUCUUGAUUUUGCUGUCGAUUUUGUUGGCGAUUUUGUUGGUUGGGUGUUCUUUGGUUCCCAAAUUUUUUAAUUUUUUUUAGGGAAAUCAUUUCAGCCUCCCCAGUGGCCUCCAUCUCUAUUCUCGUUCGCAACUCUGACCUUGCCCUCUCUCUCUCUGUGCAAUUGCAAACUACAAAAUCUACAAGAAUCAGAAGUUCAAAACCCAUUUAUUUCAGUUUAUCUAUCUGUCUCCAAGAAUCAAAAGUUCAAAACCUAUUACCUAUAUCAAAACCCAUAUCAUUUCAGAUUGUUCAAAAAAUCAAAACCCAUAUCUUUCAGUUUCCAUCGCCCGCUGUUCCAGUUCGGGUUUCCCGUUCGCAAGCUUCAGCCGCUGGCCCUCAACUCUCAAGGAGGCUUGCAAGAUAUCAUAUUAGAAGCCAGUAUGCAGACUUGUGCUGGAACUGCAGCAAUGGGUUCAUUGCAACAGCCCAUUUGGCUUAAGGGAUCUCAUUUCCCUUCAAAAGGGCUUGGUAUCAGUGGCUUCCCACAACAGAUCAAGCUCAAUUCAGCAAAGCCAUGUAGAUCUCAACUUGAAGGGAGUUUGGUCACUGGGAGGCCACCUUCUUCUGUGUCUGUUCCAGUGCCUGAAAUUGGAGGUAAAGGAAACAGCUUUGUGGACUAUGACUUGAGUGAAACUGAUCCUGAAGUGCGAUCAAUUAUUAACAAAGAAAAGCAACGGCAAUUUAAAAGUCUAGAGCUUAUUGCCUCAGAAAAUUUCACAUCACGAGCAGUGAUGGAAGCAGUUGGUUCUUGCCUCACGAACAAAUAUUCUGAAGGUCUACCCGGCAAAAGAUACUAUGGUGGCAAUGAGUAUAUUGAUGAGCUGGAAAUUCUCUGUCAAGAGAGGGCUUUGGCAGCUUUUCACCUGGAUGGAAAGAAGUGGGGUGUCAAUGUGCAGCCUUUGUCUGGUUCUCCGGCUAAUUUUGAGGUUUAUACUGCAAUUCUUAAACCACAUGACCGUAUAAUGGGCUUGGACUUGUCUCAUGGGGGACACUUGUCUCACGGGUUCAUGACUCCUAAACGACGGGUUUCAGCCACAUCAAUUUAUUUUGAAUCGAUGUCUUACAAACUAAAUGAAUCUACAGGCCUAGUUGAUUAUGACAAGCUUGAGGAAUCAGCAAAUCUCUUUCGGCCAAAACUCAUUAUUGCUGGUGCUAGUGCUUAUCCAAGAGAUUUUGACUAUCCACGUAUGAGAAAGAUUGCAGAUAGUGUUGGUGCUUUUCUCAUGAUGGAUAUGGCUCACAUAAGCGGACUUGUUGCUGCUUCUGUUGUUGCCGAUCCUUUUGAGUAUUGUGAUAUAGUAACGACGACAACACAUAAGUCUCUGAGAGGCCCUAGAGGCGGCAUGAUCUUCUUCAAGAAGGAUCCUGUUCUGGGUGUUGAUUUACAACCUGCCAUUAACAACGCUGUUUUUCCAGGUUUACAGGGUGGUCCUCAUAACCACACAAUUGGGGGACUUGCAGUCUGCCUGAAGCAUGCUCAAUCACCAGAAUUUAAGGCCUAUCAGAACAAGGUGGUUUCAAAUUGCAGAGCUCUUGCGAGCCGAUUGAUUGAAUUGGGAUAUAAACUAGUUUCUGGUGGGAGUGAUAACCACUUGGUUCUUGUGGAUCUGAGGCCAUUGGAUAUUGAUGGGGCUCGAGUAGAGAAAAUUCUUGACAUGGCAUCCAUCACUUUAAAUAAGAAUUCAGUAGCCGGUGAUAAAAGUGCACUAAUGCCUGGUGGCGUACGCAUCGGAUCACCUGCUAUGACUACCAGAGGUUUCACAGAGAAGGAAUUCAUUGCAACUGCUGACUUCAUUCAUGAGGGUGUGCAGAUAACUCUUGACGCAAAACGGUCAGUUUCCGGUUCAAAGCUCCCAGAAUUCAUGAAGUUUGUAGCUUCUCCAGAUUUCUCCUUGAUGGAUCGCGUGUUGGAUCUGCAAAGGAGAGUCGAGGCUCUCACAACACAGUUCCCAUUGCCCGGAUUAUAAGUGAUGGAUUAUAGUUGGACUAAACAGGUUACUAAUGGAAGUUAAUGAUGCUUCAUUUUCAAAAGACUCGGUUAUUCUGCAUUGUGCGCGAAAUUUUGAUAUGUUUGGGGUUUUGAAGAACAGUUAAGUAACUUAUUUACCUUGUUGUCAAGAAGAAAUGAAGUGAAAGCAUAAGGAUUUUUAUGAUCCUCGAGCUUAUAUUACCUUGUUUGUAUCUUAUAUGGACCACAAUUUUUGGCUAAGUUGUUAUUAACAAACCGCAUAAUUAAUACAUGUUAAAGUCAUCAUAAAUUAUGUUGUUCUUA